UUUCUUUUUCUUUUUGCUGUAUGGAUUUUCUAGGUGUUAAUGCUUGCAAAGGUGCAGCUCUAAAAUUAUUGAGGUUAUUGCCCCAAUAUUCUCUACAUACUCUAUUUUCAGAUUUGAAAUCUUUUAAAAUAUGUAAACUAUAAUAAGCAAUGGCAGAUGUGGUGUUGCUUAUUAUAGUAACAGCUAUCUCUGCAAUAUAAAAAAGUGCAGUAUUUGCAAUCUAGUAUUAUUAAUGAAAGAAUGGCUACAGUCAGGAAUGAAUUACCCAGAGAUCAUUUUAUUCUCUGUAGAUGAACUAUAAAUUAUUAGUUGGGAUCCUUGAUAAAUAGAGAUUUGUGAGAAGGCCCCAGAUGUAAAAUCGGUCAGCUUAGUCUGAGUGGCCCAGUUCCACAAAUGCAGGCACGUGGAGGGAGGGGUCUGAACGUGUACCAAGGUAUAGGCCACGCCCCCUCACAGCCUCCCCGCUGCCAGGAGGAGAGAGCAGGCGAGAGAGUGGAGCUGCCCGUCACAAUCCGGCACGACGCUGCAGGAGCCACCGAUCUCAUGCGUUUCAGCACAGAGAGGCUCUGAGCACACAAGCGCGUCGAGAGAGAACGCCAUCGAGGAAGGAAGGGAAGCAGAGAGAAUUUCCUGACUUCUCCUGAGGAGCUGCGGCUACCUGGAAGGAGAGCAUGGCAGAGGGUGGAGAGGGGGAAGAGGAGAUUCAGUUCCUGCGGACAGAUGAUCAGGUGGUUCUGCAGUGUACCGCUUCCAUCCUGAAGGAGCAGAUCAAGCUGUGUCUGUCCUGUGAGGGUUUCGGGAACCGCCUGGCCUUCCUGGAGGCCACCUCCAAUGCCCAGAAUGUGCCUCCAGACUUGGCAAUCUGUUGCUUUAUCUUGGAACAAUCUUUGUCAGUGCGUGCCCUGCAGGAAAUGCUGGCCAACACCACAGAGAUGAAUGAGGCAGUCGAUUUGGACAAAUGGUCAUCCCAAGGAGGGGGGCAUCGUACGCUGCUGUAUGGCCAUGCUAUCCUGCUUCGACACACACAUUCUGGCAUGUACCUCAGCUGCCUGACUACAUCACGGUCGCUCACCGAUAAACUGGCGUUUGACGUGGGAUUGCAGGAAGAUUCCACAGGCGAGGCAUGCUGGUGGACCAUUCACCCAGCCUCCAAGCAGAGAUCAGAAGGCGAGAAGGUCAGAGUGGGAGACGACCUCAUCCUGGUCAGCGUCUCCUCUGAGAGAUACCUGCAUCUCUCUUACGCUAGUGGGGACCUGAUGGUGGAUGCCUCCUUCAUGCAGACGCUCUGGAACAUGAAUCCUGUUUGCUCUGGGUGUGAGCUGGCUGAGGGUUUUCUGACUGGAGGCCAUGUUCUGAGGUUGUUCCAUGGUCACAUGGAUGAGUGCUUAGCAAUCCCUGCUGCUGACCAAGGAGACGACCAGCGCAGAAAUGCACACUAUGAGGGUGGUGCAGUCUGCAGCCACGCCCGGUCUCUCUGGAGACUAGAACCUCUCCGAAUUGGGUGGAGUGGGUGUCACAUGAAAUGGGGCAUGUCUUUUCGGGUGCGUCACAUCACCACGGGGAGGUACCUGUGCCUGGAUGAAGAAAAAGGACUCCUGCUGGUGGACCCUGAGAAAGCCAACACCAAGAUGACUGCCUUCUGCUUUAGGGCCUCAAAGGUCAGGAGAACCGAAAUGUACUGUCCACUCAUCUUCUAG